AUGACGGCCGAUAUCCGCUCCAAGGCGCUGCAGAAGAUAGCUUCGCUGUCUGCGACUAGCUCCACGACGUCGUUCGACCGAUCCGACCUUGACCGGCUUUGUAGGGCAUGCCAUGCAGGAUCCAAGAGCAAGGACUAUGUCAAUGGCUACCAGAACAAGAGCUCGCUAGGACGGGUUCCUAUGUCUAUCCGCGAGUUCGAGGUCUUGAUCGCAUUGUGUAAGACGGCGCCAAAGAUCAAGUCCAGCCAGAGCGCGCAGAGGCUCUCCUACCAACUGUUCCCGUACAUACUCGAAGCGCACAUCCAGGUUUUCGUUCCGUCGCCCUUUUUCCGAAAGAUCGAUCCGUCUCCGACCGAAGCACUCGCUUUCCAUGUGACAGGGGCUCUGUUGGCGCUUGGCAUCAACUACGAUGAGCUCCAGGAGAACGUCGCCGAUAAGAUCUGGGCAUUUGUGAACUCUUGCAGACGAGCUACCGAGAGUAUUCUGUCUCCCCAAGCUGGAGACCCUGACAACCCCCACCUCGAGGACGCGAUUCGAACUGCAACAAUUGCUGUUGCGCUGCUUGGAUUCCUCGAUGCCGCGGCCGCCCAGGCAGAUUUCUGGAGGGCUGGAGGUCGACUUGCUCUGAUCCAGAAGAUCAGAGAGCUUCUUUCAGAACCCUUCCUUGUCGCAGUCGAAACGGCCCUCUCAACUAUCCGUAACUGCCAUAGCCAGGAUCGCGAGGUUAAGGAAUGGAAGAGAUAUCUGCGUCAGUAUGCGUCGUCCGGACGACCCCUGGGAGCCAUGCUUCUGCACCGAAGCUUCGCAUGGCUGGUUGUCGCAAGCACCUCGCUGAUGUCCGAGGACCCCCGUGCUCUGCGUAAGAAGCAUAUUCUGGACAUUUACAUCUCGAGGGGCGACAAGUUGCGCCCAGACGCACAAGCCCAUGAGGCCGACUUCCGAACUGUCGAGGCCUAUGCCAGCUUUGCCAUUGAAGAGAUCCAGUAUAUCGAAGCUGGUGCCGACUUCAUCCGUAUGGGAUCGCCUGACCAACAGAGCCUGGCUUAUGCUGUCAAGGCUGCCGCUCUCAUCGCCUAUUUCAACUGUGCCCUCUUGAAUGAAGAGGCCGCUGACUCGGAGAUCCUCAUGACCUGGCUUCAAGAGACCCUGGAUGACUCUGUGCAGAUGGCUGACCCGACUCUGGCCUCAGUCGCGCUGCGCUGCUUGGCUUUGAUCUGCCAGAUCUCUCCAACUUUCUCAUCAAACGUGAGCCGAAUCCUGCCACGAUUCAUUGUUCAGGAUGCCCCUCAAAGGGAGAUCGUCAAGAUUGCCUCCAACAGCCUGGCAUACGUGCUCAAGAUGCUUUCCAAGGAUGCUGUCAUCAGCACCCUCUACACCUUGGGAAAUGUGCUCAGCCCUGGUUCUGAGCAGGCAUUCACCAAUGGCCAAGUGGAUGGAACAGCCAGCGAUGGAGCCCUCAACCCUAUUUAUACCAACCGUCAGUCGAUCGGCAGCUCUAUUUCUCUCCAGAUGUAUGGCGAGGAGGAAACUGCGGUUGUCUCUGGCAACGUUGUGCAGACCAUCUGCGGAAUCGCUGCUGCCUUCAAAGACGAGAAAAUUACUGCCCUUGCUCAGUCCAUGCUCCAACAGAAGCUCGAGAAGGUGAACACUGGUGUAGAUGCUCGAAUCAUCAGCGGAGCAGCUGCUUUGGCCUUGGAGGGUGGGCAGCUUGAGUUCCGCUCUCUACUUAAGUUGUUCACCAGACUUUGCCAUACUGGCGUCGUGGAGAACCAGCUGUUCCUCCUGGAAGCCGUGAGGAACGCUCGCACCUUCAUCUCUGCCAACCUCCGGCGUGACUCUCAGCUCUUUGAUAUCUACUUGGAGCACCUGCUAGACAGCAUCAUUGGACUCGGUGAUGCUCACUCAACCAGCCACGCCAAGGAGUCUGAUGUGCAGAUGGCUGCCAAGGAGAUUGCUGAGCUUCUGCACCCCCUGGCAACCUUCAUGGCCAGCAACGACUUUGCUUCUGAGCCUGUUACUGAUGACGAGACCUACUCUCUGCUUCGAGAUGCCUGGUUCAACAUUGUGGUCCAUGGAUUCACCACCAACACAGACCGUGGCAAGCAGUAUCUCAAUGAGUUGAGGAUCAUUUCCAUCCACUCCCCACCCCUUGUCGCGGAUCAACGAGGCGAGCAGGUUGAAAGUGACAUUGAACUCAAUACCGUUCUGCGACGAGGCUUUAGCAACGACCGGGAGUCGUUGCAGAAGAAGCUUCUGAGCGACCUCGUUCCUAGCAAGGCCAACGAGAUUAAGAGCCUGAGUUACCGCAAAGUCAUCUUCUUGCAGGCUGCGUACCUCAUGGAAUACCUCCGCGCCGACUCGGGCGACUGCACCAAGGUCGUGUCUUAUUUCUUGGAGCCAAGCAUGUCAAAGGGCGACGUCAGCAGUGCCAUGGAGGGUGUUGGUGCUGCCGUUGUUGACAGAUACAUUGACAAGACUCUGGCAGGAGGCGAGGCGACCUUCUCUGCUCAGUACGCCGCUGAGCAGCUUGCGACCAUCUUUUGCAGCUGCUGCCAUCGCAUUGAGCGAGUCCAGCAAGCCGCAUUUGCCUGUGCAGACCGGAUUCUUCAUGAGAUCCCUGCGGCUCUUUGCCACAGAUCGUCUCUGUUUGCUUUACUGGAGCUCCUUUCUCUCAUGUGGUCCAGCUGCCUGGAGGCAGAGACGGAUCUGUAUGACCCUCGGUCCAUCUUUGAAUCUGAGCUUGGGGGUGUGACUGUCCAACUCUCAGAUGACUACGAUUUCCGAAGGUGGACGGUGGAUGUUCUCAACCGCAAAGCCAAGGUUUGGGUCAACGCUGCCAUCAACCUGGCUCCUCUCGACGUCAAGGGGCUUCUGCAGACCUAUCUCUCCGAAUUCAGCGACGAGGGAGCCUAUGGUCAUGUUUCUCUUGGGCGAUCGUUUGCUCUUGAACUUGGCUCUAUCAUCCCUUCGACGGACAACCGACUGCAGUCGAUGGACAAGAUCGGUAACUCGAGCAUCAACACGGCAUCGGACUUUGUGGCACAGUACACAACUCGUCAAGAGUACCGAUACGGCGAGACCCUUCCAGAUCGCGGCACAGAGCUGAUCAGCUUCAUGAAUCAUAACCGCCGCUUGUCAUUCGUGCAGUCAUCGGUCAAGGAGAGCGCCAACGCAACCACUGCGCUUGCUCAUAUUGAGGCUAGAAUCCUGAGCAAGAAGAGUGCUGCCAUCACCGAGGUCCGAGACAUCCUUCGGAGGGCAGCAGCUCUGCUGUGUCGCACCGAGAAGGAUGAGGCUGCCAUUGCUCAUUACCUCGUGAGCAUCCCGUUCGCUCUGUUCACGAAGCAGUCUAUCAAGCUGGGCGUUUCUCUAUGGCUUGGUGUGAUGAACGAAAACCCAAGACUGGAACCGAAGCUUUUGAACGAGAUCGCUCAACAAUGGGAGUUUACCCUCGCCAGAAAGGUUGGCUUGUUCAGCCCAACUUUGAACCAUAUCGACCCCUUCUUCUUGAAGGAGGAGUUCGCGCCUAGCGAGCUGGAUGCGCUGGCAAAGAAGAAGCAGCUGGUGCAUGACAUUCUCUCACCUCAUGUUCGACUGCUUCAGUUCUUUGCCAGUCACUUCAACGCUACGAGGCAUGGAAGCCCUGACAUCCAGAGAGUGUUCCUGAGAAUGCUUGAUCUUACGCUCGAUGCCAUCAAGCAGUCUGCAACCCACCCCAUGGCCCGAGAGAUUCGAUUUUCCAUCGUCCUGUUUGGUCUCCGAGUUCUGCGAACUAGCAACACUCUCAAACCGGGUGCGCAAUGGAGACUCAAGGAAAGACUCUUGUCGGCUGGCCUGGCCUGGUUCAAAUAUGCGCCAAAAUGGUCGUUUGGAAGCAAUAUCCUGCAGAUGAAGACGGAGAUCCGACUCCUCUCGGAUGUCCUCACGGCUUUGCAGCAGGUCUCUUUCAUUAGCGCUCCGGCUGCUGGCAACACCAAGUCACUCCAGGCCAAGGAGCAGCUACUUGAUCUGUUGGUCAGGAACGAGCAGUCUCGUCUGGCCGUCUGGGUCAACCCUCUCAACACGGCGGCAGGCCAGUCAUUGGCUCCGGCAGCUAACAAGGCGGCGACAGAGGCUGCGCUUAUGCCUCUUGUGCGAACGGCCUGGUGGCAGGAUCCUGCUAUUGCGCUUGAGUUGGCGGCUAGGUUUCCAUCCCCUCGCCUUCAGCGUGAUAUCAGGUUCCUUCUUCUUACUAUGCCGGAGAAGGCCGUCUCUGAGCCUGAAGCUCUGCACCUAAUCUUUGGAGGACUCCUCCCCGAAGAUGUUGCCCUGCAGCACCUUAAGUAUCUUCUGUACUGGGAGCCCGUGAACCCUGUCACAGCCGUUACCAUGUUCUUGCCGGCCUACGAGGACCAUCCUUUCACUAUCCAGUACGCUAUGCGUGCUCUUGAAAGCCACUCGGUAGAUGUCACUUUCUUCUACGUCCCCCAGAUUGUCCAGUCGCUUCGAUAUGAUGCCCUAGGCUACGUCCAGCGAUACAUUCUCGAAACCGCCCAGUUCUCUCAGCUGUUUGCCCAUCAGAUCAUCUGGAACAUGAAGGCCAACUCGUACAAGGAUGAUGAUGCUCAGAUCCCAGAUGAGAUCAAGCCAACUCUGGACACGGUCAUGGGCAAGAUGGUUGACAGCUUUGCGGCUGAGGACCGAGACUUUUAUGAGCGAGAGUUUGCCUUCUUUGACGAGGUGACUGAUAUCUCGGGCAAGCUCAAGCCUUAUAUCAAGCGAUCCAAGCCUGAGAAGAAGCAGAAGAUCGAGGAGGAGCUGCGCAAGAUCAAGGUCGAGGUCGGCGUCUAUCUGCCCAGUAACCCCGACGGCGUGGUCAUUGGUAUCGACCGCAAGUCGGGUAAACCCCUGCAGAGUCACGCCAAGGCGCCCUACAUGGCGACGUUCCGCAUCAAGAAGAACAAGGGCGGCGCGACAGAGGUGGACGAGAUGAUGGAGGAGCAGGACGGAGAGGACCACGAGACCCCCGAGCAGACGGUUGAAGUGUGGCAGUCUGCCAUCUUCAAGGUCGGUGAUGACUGUCGACAGGACGUGUUGGCUCUCCAGAUGAUUGCGGCGUUCCGAGGCAUCUUCCACGAUGUCGGCCUCGACGUCUAUGUCUUCCCCUACCGAGUCACGGCCACAGCCCCUGGCUGCGGUGUCAUUGAUGUGCUGCCAAACUCCAUCUCGCGAGACAUGCUCGGUCGUGAGGCCGUCAACGGUCUGUACGACUACUUCAUCUCCAAGUACGGCAACGAGAACUCGCUCCGGUUCCAGCGGGCCCGCAGCAACUUUGUCAAGUCGAUGGCGGCCUACUCGGUCAUCUCGUACCUCCUCCAGUUCAAGGACCGUCACAACGGCAACAUCAUGAUCGACGACGCCGGGCACAUCCUGCACAUCGACUUUGGCUUCUGCUUUGACAUUGCUCCUGGCGGCAUCAAGUUUGAGCGCGCCCCAUUUAAGCUCACCACCGAGAUGGUGGCGGUCAUGGGCGGCUCCAUGGACCACCAGAGCUUCAAGGCCUUUGAGGAGCUCUGCGUCAAGGCCUUCCUGGCCAGUCGGCAGUACUGCGAGAAGCUCAGCCAGAUCGUCUGGCUCAUGAUGGACAGCGGACUGCCGUGCUUCCGCCCUGAGAGCGUCAAGCACUUCCGGGAGCGCUUCGUGCUGGACAAGAGCGAGCGAGAUGCGGCAAACUUUAUGAAGCACCUCAUCAAGACGAGCUACUCCAGCUACAGCACGGGUAUCUACGACCAGUUCCAGCUCCUGACCAACGGCAUUCCCUAUUAA